GAUCUUUGUUUGGACGGAAAUCACCCUCCUCUGGAUAUCUAAUGGACAUCUAAUGAGGUCCGCAUGGAGGUGUGAUAUUCAAUCUUCGAACAGACUCAUAUGCUGCCCCCCCCUCCCUUUCCCCCGGCUGAGCCGACGACGUAUAAGGAGAGGUGGGGAAUGGAAGCCCCAAACCAGAAAUUGUCUAUCUUCCAAGCACAUCUUCCCCCCUCCUCCUAAACUCGCAACAUUCCACAUAUCUUCCCUCACUUCGGACACAUCACACAAUGACUGUCUCUUCUGCUCCCUACUGCCUCGCCGGGCAGGUCGCUUUGGUUACUGGCUCUGGCCGGGGGAUUGGCGCGGCGAUCGCGGUUGAACUGGGCCGCCUGGGCGCCAGCGUGGUGGUAAACUACGCGAACUCCUCGGCAGCAGCAGAGAAGGUCGUGGCGGAGAUCCAGAGCCUGGGGUCGGCCGCGAUCGCGAUCCAGGCGGACGUGCGGGAGGUGUCGCAGACGGUGAGGCUGAUGGACGAAGCCGUGGCGCACUUUGGUGGACUGGACAUUGUGUGUAGCAACGCCGGGGUCGUUAGCUUCGGUCACCUGGGAGAGGUCACCGAGGAAGAGUUCGAUCGCGUGUUCAGCCUCAAUACACGCGGCCAGUUCUUCGUCGCCCGAGAGGCCUACCGCCACCUGAACGAGGGCGGUCGCAUUAUCCUCAUGUCUUCCAACACUGCCCACGACUUCAGUGUCCCCAAGCACUCCCUCUACUCUGGCUCCAAGGGAGCAAUUGACUCCUUCGUACGUGUCUUUGCCAAGGACUGUGGUGAUAAAAAGAUCACUGUCAACGCCGUGGCCCCCGGCGGCACGGUCACCGACAUGUUCCACGCGGUUUCCCACCACUACAUCCCGAAUGGCGAGAAGUAUACCGCCGAGGAGCGGCAACAGAUGGCCGCUCAUGCUUCACCUUUGAUGCGUAAUGGAUUUCCCUUGGACAUUGCACGCGUGGUGUGCUUUCUGGCCAGCAAGGAGGGUGAAUGGGUAAAUGGAAAGUCCUUGACGGUGGAUGGAGGAGCAGCCUGAGAUUGGGGAGUAAAAAGUCUCUGGCGCAUCUAUCGCGAAAGAGAUUCAUUUUAAUUUCACACUUUUGCUUUCGAUUUCUUAAAGAUCUCGCCCAUCUUCCUUGCCUUGUACCCCCGCUCUGGGAACCUAGACAGUCCCGGAUUUUCGAUCCCACAGAGACAGAGAAACUGGUGACAUCGGGG